CGGCUACAUCCUUUCGCGCGCAUCCCCCCAAAAAACAUUUCUUGCACUUCGCGGCACAACUCUCGAAACUCAACUAACGCAUGGCUACUAUCUAGAACCCCCUUUGCGACCUUCUCGUCGUAUACGUUCCUUAUAUCUCAUCGAAUCAGUACUGCAGGCUCCAGUUUUCGAACCAUCUCUUGAUCCGAAAAUAUGUCUUAUUACGAUAAUCAACAAUGGCCAGCCGCUGGCCAGCCGUCUUGGGAGCAGCAGACCCCGCCGGCUCGUUCUGGUGCCAGCUCCGCCGUUCCGCGCGAGGACUCGACCGCUUUCAGCAUACAAAUAGAGGAGGUCGACCGUGCGAUCGAUAACCUCGUCAAGAGUGGAAAGAUGUUCAACGUGCCUGGCCGUCGAGACUCGAUGCCCUUGGCCGGCGGUGCGCCCAGAGCGUUCCCCGAACAAUUCGAUCCACGGAUGGCCGGCGGUCCUCCCCGACACCACUCGGUCAGCGAAUUCGGCGAUGCGCGUUCCUUCUCGGGAUCAAAUCUGCAGAACUUUUAUGCCAGUCAGCGACACCAACCCUCGCGUGGUGCUAAUGAGGCCGAACAAGUGAUGCAAGCAAAGAGGAGGAUGGCAGCCCAGCGUGAGAGAGAGCUGCGUAACUACCACCAAGAACAGCAGUACAAUCGAAGCGUUGUAGCUGAAAUCUCGACAUUUGGAGGUAAACAAGAUCGUACUAUUAGCCCUGGCAGCGGAAUGAGCGAAGAAGAGCGCCGUGAGCUGAUUGCCCGUCAACGAAGUGCCCUCUACGGUGAAGGUGCAGCGUACCCUGAGAACAGUGGUUUUGAUGACAACGGCACUCCACGCCCAGGAACCCAGGGGUCUGGAUCCCAGUCCGCGACCGGUAUUCGAGGCCACUCACCCCUGGCGUUCGACCAUUUCAACGCCCAAGGUAGCCAAGGCGAGAACGCAACUCAACAAGCCGCGCCUGAACAACAGUCAGCAAGUGGCCAGGCUCCAGGACAGCAACGAUCCCGUGCCAACAGCACUUCGUCGCCAUCCUCCAACCCGACCAGCAGCUUCAGCCUCUUCGAGUCAGCUGCCCAGCAAUCAAGCCGGACGUCAACUUCAUCGCCAGGCGGAUCACCUCCUCGUCAAGGAAAGGCGCCAACCAGCUCUGGCGUUGCACCAAUCGGUACUCGUCCCAGUGCUCAAGCACCAAAUCCAGCAUUGAACAAGCGCUCCACCACUCCUCUACCAUCACCACUAAGCUACGGCUUCGCUGCCAACAACAACGAGGAAAGUCAGGGUGAGAAGGAUAACCGGGCUACGUCGGCGGCAGCGAACCCGAAUGCGCAGGCUCAGCAAGAUGUCGGACUUGGAUGGGGAUCCAAGAGCGGAGUGUGGGGCAAGAAUUCUCUCGGUGUACAGGCUUCUGUUUGGGGCUAAACAAAGGAGGUCGACCUCAUGGAACGGAAGGUACGAAAAAUUGGCGGGAAUCAAAUUCGGUGUUUGGCAACUGCAUAUAUUGCUGAUUGAUGGGAUACGGGGGGUCGGCGUAUGGACCUUUCGAAGUGGAUCGUCGUCACGGUAUCCUUCGUCUGGUUGAUGGUUUUUUUUUU